UUAACAGUUUAUAUUUACUAAAAUAAUUGCAUUUCCAUGUAGUGUGUACUGUGGGAGACCAGAUGUAGUGAAUGCAGGGUCUGGGGAGACCAGAUAUAGUAAAUGCAGGGUCUGGGGAGACCAGAUAUAGUGAAUGCAGGGUCAGGGGAGACCAGAUAUAGUGAAUGCAGGGGUCCGGGGAGACCAGAUAUAGUGAAUGCAGGGUCCGGGGAGACCAGAUAUAGUGAAUGCAGGGUCCGGGGAGACCGGAUAUAGUGAAUGCAGGGUCCGGGGAGACCAGAUAUAGCGAAUGCAGGGUCCUGGGAGACCAGAUAUAGUGAAUGCAGGGUCCGG